GUCGUUAAUUACACUUUAAUUUUAGUAUAUUAGAGUAAAAUAAUGUUGUAACAUUUUAUAUGUUAAUUUGACUGUAUAAAUAUGCUGUUCCAUAGAAUUGGUAUAAAGAAUGCCUGUGUAGGAUUCCAUAGAAGUUUAGGUAGAAUCAACUACAAUCACAGCUUCAAUAGAAAAUUUACAACUUUUAACCUCAGACCACCUACUAAAACACAUUUUGGAAUCGUCAUAGUCCCUCAGCAAUCUGUUUACGUUAUCGAACGAUUUGGAAAAUAUAAGAGAACAAUAGGAGCGGGAAUACACUUACUAUGGCCAACAAUUGAUAGGAUUUCAUAUAUCCACUCAUUAAAGGAAAAUACUAUCGUUAUUCCCAACCAAACGGCAAUUACCAAGGAUAAUGUAAUGAUACAGAUUGAUGGAGUUUUAUAUGUGAAGUGUAUAAACCCAUAUGAUGCUUCCUAUGGAGUUGAGGAUCCAAUUUUCGCUAUCACCCAGCUGGCACAAACCACGAUGAGGUCUGAACUAGGUAAAUUAUCACUGGAUUCCACUUUCCUUGAAAGAGACAACCUGAAUCACCUGAUUGUCAACAACAUUAAUGUUGCUUCAAAAUCUUGGGGUGUAACCUGUUUAAGAUACGAGAUUAGGGACAUUACUCUGCCAAAAAACAUCAUCUCUGCCAUGGAAAAACAGGCUGAAGCUGAACGUAUGAAAAGAGCUGAAAUCCUCAGAAGUGAAGGUGACAGAGAGAGCGAAAUCAACAUUGCCCUCGCCAAGAGACAAAUCGAGAUACUAAAAGCAGAAGGUGAAGCAAAAGCUGAAAAACAAAGAGCAGAAGCAGCUGCUUACACACUCGAGGUCUUAACCAAUACCCUCAAAAAAAAUGGAGUGGCUGAGGCCGUAACGUUAAGGCUUGCAGAGAAGUAUAUUGCAGCUUUUGCAAAUUUGGCCAAAACGAAUAACACCAUAAUCCUAACUAAUAGCAGUGGAACGACGGAUCUUAUAACACAGGCCACUACAAUAUUCAGCAGAAUAAACUCUCAGCUUAAUAAAUGUUUAGUGAAGGAAGAUGUAAAGAAUUCACUGGGAUCAGUUGAGAAUAUGGAAGAUCUUUUGGUGGUCCCAAAAUCAGGAGAUAAAUCAAAUUAAUCUACUCAUUUAAGGAAAUAAUAAUAUUAUACAAUAUAUAAAAAUAUAAUAUACCAUAAAAU